GCCAGGAAGCCAAUGGUCUUUGCUGGUGGUGGAGGCUACGACAAGCGCCGUUGGUUCAAGUUCCCUGUCAGGCUCUCUGUGUUAGAAAAACCAAGCCUUCAGCACAGUCCCCACUGUGGUCCUGGAAGGGAGCCCUUGCCACUGUCCUCUCCUUGCCAAUGUGGUGAAUAUCAGAAGGCCAAAAUAAGGGGAACUGCUGUGCAGCCACGAACCGGAUGCCGCAAGAGGUCGGGGGAUGCAGCAGCCUAGGACGGGCAGGGAUCCUGUCCACAUUCCCCACGCCUUCUCCCACAACCAUGAAGGACUACACAGAGGUCAUCUUCCAGCCGGAAGCGCUGGAUCAGAGCAAGGUAUGUACAAAGGGAGGGCAGGGCAUCACUGUUAUGGGAACUGCCAAUGACACCAAUAGCUCUUAUUUACCAAGGACAUCACCCAUAUAUAUAGAAUUUUUUGCCACCCAUCCGACUAGGGUGCCCCAGCUACUCUGGGCAACAAUAUAUUAAAACACACAAACUCUCAAACAUUAAAAACCUCCCUGCCUUCAGAGGUCUUCUAAGAGUUGUAUAGUUCUUUAUCUCCUCGACAUCUGAUGCAAGGGCGUUCAACAGGGUGGGUGCCACUACCGAGAAGGCCCUCUACUUGGUUUCCUGUAACUUCACUUUUCGCAACAUGGGGACUACCAGAAGGCCCUCGGAGCUGGAUCUCAGUGUCCAGGCUGAAUGAUAGGGGCAGAGAUGCUCCCUCAAGUAUACAGAGUUGGUCUCUAUGCCUAGUAAAAAAAACCCACUAUAUAUUUCUGUGUUCUUGUUCUUGCAAUUCAUGAAGAACAUGCUUUUGCUAGUGCGUGAGUUGUUGAAGCUGCCUUGAUUCCCGCUUUCAGUUCCCCCUCCUCCCCACUACCUGGGUCUCUAAAAGAGUACACACAUGAGCACGAAGGCAUUGUGUAGUGCAAGAGGUGAAGUGCUGCACACUGGUGUUUGUGAGGUCCAUUUUGAAAAUGUAGAUCAUGGCUCCUGAAUGGACUAUGGAGUUGGAACAGAUGACCUCCAGGAUCUUUUCAAACUCUAAAAUUCUAUUUUUAUUUUCUAGAUGUUUCGAUCAAAAGCAAAUCCCCUUUGUGCUUUUGAAUCUGUGCAAGAUGUAGAUGAAUCAAGUGUAUUUUUAAUUAUCAGUAUCAGGCUUGGCAAACUCUUGCUUGUUAGAGGGUGUGUGUGUGUUUCUCUAACACAGGGAUAACCAACACGAUGGCUGCAGAUAUUGUUGCAUGACAUCUCCCAUUACCCCAAUCAAUGGCCCUGCUGGCUGUACUGAUGGAAAUGGAGGUCCAACAAUAUCUGGAGGGCACCACAUUGGCUAACCCUGCAGAUGUGAAACAUGAAUGUGGGAAGUGGUGGGGAAAGAUACAUGUUAGAUGUGUAUUUCCCAGCUGAAGUAACACACCUGACCAUCUAAAGCAGGGUUUCCCAAACCUGGUUCUCCAGCUGUUGCUGGACUACAACUCCUAUCAUCCCUAGCUAGCAGGACCAGUGGCCAGGGAUGAUGGGAAUUGUAGUCCAAAAACAGCUGGAGACCCAAGUUUGGGGAACUCUGAUCUAAAGAGUGAGGGGCAUGAGACCAGUAAGUCCAGCGUACAAAAUGGUCUAGCUGCAGGUGAAUUGGGAAGUUAACAAGUACAUCCCUAUUUACGUCUGUGAAAUAUUAGAGGAAAUAGGUUAAAGAUAUUUGAAAGACUGUGCACCAGUUGCUGGGAAAUAAUAGUAGGAAGUGGACUCUGCUUUCCCACUCAGUCUUCCCACACUGGGCUUCCCAGAAAUAUCUGGUUGGACACUCCAGAAAACAGGAUUUUGGACUAGACAGGCCAUUGGUCUAGUCCAACAGGGACUCCUAUGCUCUUAUGACUCACCUUAACAGCUUGGGAUCAGUUUACUUGAACACUUCGAUCUGCGUAACUGGUUCUGUUACAGGUGCCUUGUAAUGCUCAUUCUGCAUUGGUUAAGAAAUCAGUCUUCUAUUGGGGCAGCGCCCACACUUUGGAACUCCCUGCCUAUUGACAUCAGGCACGAGCCUUCACUGUAUGCCUUUGGGAACCUACUAAAACCAUUUUUUGUCUAAGCAAGCCUGUCCAGAUGCACAGAAUGUUGGCACAUGCUUUAAUCUGGUUCGUAGCUCAUAACUUGAUUUUAAUUAUUGUUUGGAUAUUUUAAGUAGUUGUUUUUGACUUCUUUUUCUGAUAAUUUUAGUGUUUUUUUCGUAAACUGCUUUGAGGAUUGGUUACAAUCAAGCAGUAUAUAAAUAUUGUGAAUUAAUUAACAAAUAAAUUUCCUAAUUAUGCAUUCUCAGGAGUUGGGGGUAGGCAAUUUAAAGGGAGUUUAAAGUCUUUUGGAAUUCAGUGGGAUCAUAACAAUUUAUUGGAGCGAGGACAUUACUCAUUGCAUUACACCUAGGGAUAGGGAUUAAUUUGAUUCAGUUUGCAUUUAAAGCAAACCUGCCUAAUACACAACUGAAACACAGUCCGCCUUAGAAAUUUGUACUUCUCCGAAUUUUGCAGUGCAGUUCUCCAGCCAAGUAAUGCGUACAAAAAGACAUAUAUUGGAGUAAAGUGUGCAUAGAAAUGCAUAUAUUUAUGAAAUUAAGAUACAAAAAUGCAUUGUGUUAAGAUUGUUCUGCAUAAAUUAAGCAAAACUGCAUGCAAAAAUUUGUAUAUUAGAAGAAAUUUGCACUGAAAUGCUGAUUAACUUUCAUAAGGACAUAUAUAUAUAUAUAUAUAUAUAUAUAUAUAUAUAUAUAUAUAUGGGACGCGGGUGGCGCUGUGGGUUAAACCACAGAGCCUAGGACUUGCCAAUCAGAAGGUCGGCGGUUCGAAUCCCCAUGACAGGGUGAGCUCCUGUUGCUCGGUCCCUGCUCCUGCCAACCUAGCAGUUCGAAAGCACAUCAAAGUACAAGUAGAUAAAUAGGUACCGAUCUGGCAGGAAGGUAAAUGGCAUUUCCGUGCGCUGCCCUGGUUCACCAGAAGCGGCUUAGUCAUGCUGGCCACAUGACCCGGAAGCUGUAUGCCGGCUCCCUUGGCCUAUAGAGCGAGAUGAGCGCCGUAACCCCAGAGUCGGUCACGACUGGACCUAAUUGUCAGGGGUCCCUUUACCUUUUAUAGAUAUAUAAAAUAAUGGCAACUGAUGUGGAAAUGUGAAGAGCUGAAUUUAAGAUUGGAUGAGAAACCAAAAUAAGAUUAAAUUGACAGACUCACCCAUUCGUAUUAUGCACACAAGUAGGCUGGUGCACACUCUAGCAUAUUCCAGACUAGCAUAGCUCCUAAAGGUGGACUGGAAAGAGCCUAGUUUAUAUCUCAGUUCAUGGUUUCCAGCCUCAGCCCCGCACCCCGACCUGUGACAUGAUUGUAGCAACACUGGCCCUCCUUGCAAAGCGGUUGUAAGGACCACUGAGAUCAUGGAGGUUUAGUUCUUUGAACAACUCAGAAAUCUGACGUACAAGUGCUGUUACUGGUUGGAGGGGAUUGUGCCUGUGGAUAUAGCUGAUAUAGCAAUAUUAUUAUUCCUUAUGGGCUCGGCUUAUGUAAAAGCGCUUGCUUGCUCUCAUUCUGAUUCCCCAAAAUAAACCCAAUUAUCACAUUGUGAAAGUAUGCAGGAAGGGAUCCAGUGCGUUCCUUCCCUGAUGAAAGCCACAAUCCCUCGGUUUGAAGAGAACAUCUGCUAGCAAAGAAGAGCAAGUGAGAUAGAGGUGUAGUUUAGCAUCAACACACUCCAACUGUACAGUGGUACCUCGGGUUAAGUACUUAAUUCGUUCCGGAGGGCCAUUCUUAACCUGAAACUGUUAUUAACCUGAAGCACCACUUUAGCUAAUGGGGCCUCCUGCUGCUGCUGCUGCUGCUGCUGCUGCUGCUGCCGUGCCGCCAGAGCACGAUUUCUGUUCUCAUCCUGAAGCAAAGUUUUUAACCCGAGGUACUAUUUCUGGGUUAGUGGAGUCUGUAACCUGAAGCAUAUGUAACCUGAAACGUAUGUAACCCAAGGUACCACUGUAUUCUAUUCGCAAGGCCAGACUGGCUUGCUUUGUAACCAGAGAUUCCAAACUUUGGGAGGGAAAUUCUGAGCUAUAUUUUGGUUUUGCAUCAGACACGGGAAAAUGCUCAGAGCCACAUUUUUGUUUAAGUAUUUACAGCUGCUUUACUCUUAGUUACAUUUAUUAAAAAACAAAAUUGCUCUGCCCUUCCUCCAUAGAGAUCCAGGGUGCCUGGUUUCUCCCUUUGCCCUGUUUUAGCAGCACAACAACCCUAUGAAGUAGGAAUAACCAUCCCAAAGUCACCCAGGUUGCAAUCCUAAGUACACUUUCCUAGGAGUAAGUCCCACUGAACUCAGUGGGGCUGAACCCCAAGGACACAUAAACAAGGAUAUGCUGCCAGUAUGAUACAUAGCGGAGUCAGAAUUUGAACCCAGGUCUGCCCUGAUCUGAGUUUGACAUUCUGUCUACUACAUCAGCUGAAGUCAGACAGUGGCCAAUGGCUACCAGUGGCUAGUCGACCACCUAAUGCCAGGAUUCUCACCAAAGACCUUGGGCUAGCUGGGCUUUGGUGUGAUCCAACCAGGGUCUUCUACUGCUGUCAUUAUCAAUGUACGUGGAACUAAUUAAGAGGAUUAGAACAGCAGUCGGGGCGAGAAACUCGGUGAGACAGUGAUUCAGCAUUGAGCAGGAGGCUCAGAGCGAGUUUGGAAUUAAAGAAAGCUUAUUUAAAUAAAGUUCUUUGUUUUAUAAUACUCCUGCCUGAUCCUUAACAAUAAUCAACACCAACUGAAACAUGAUGGCAGUGGUUUAGAAAUAGAACCCAGUUGAAGCAGCAAAGAAAAUAAACAGAAAAAAGCAAGGAUUUUUAGAUCAUGGAGAGAGGCCUGAAACCUCCAGCACCACUAAAUUUCACUGCAUUUAAUCUAGCCCAGGCAUGGAGGCGCUGAGAGAACAGUUUGAAUUCGAUCUGGAUCUUGCCUUGGAGAGAGAGGAAGACAAGCAUAGGUAAAGGGACCCCUGACCAUUAGGUCUAGUCGUCGCCGACUCUGGGGUUGCGGCGCUCAUCUCACUUUAUUGGCCGAGGGAGCCGGCGUACAGCUUCCGGGUCAUGUGACCAGCAUGACUAAGCUGCUUCUGGCGAACCAGAGAACGCACGGAAACACCAUUUACCUUCCCGCUGGAGCGGUACCUAUUUAUCUACUUGCACAUAAGGACCACUUAAUGACAGCUGGAGAGGAGCAGUGGCUGCAGUCCAGCACGGCCAUGGCAGUGUCUGGUGGUCUUUUCUGACUUCAGCGUGGCCAGGAGAGGACGUCACUUCCUCCUCCACUGGCUGUGUUGGAUGCUGGGGCUCGCCCCCAGUUGCAGCCAAUCGUAGGUGAGUCCAGGGGCAUGGUAUGGUGGAGUGGACCAGAGGGAAAACCUAUUCCCUCUAGUCCACUCCCUGGCUGUAAAAGCCAGCUGCACUCAGGACCCAGCCUCAGUAGACGCUGGCUUCCCCACCCACCCUAAGCUGUAAAGGUAAAGGGACCCCUGACCAUUAGGUCCAGUCGUGACCGACUCUGGGGUUGCGGCGCUCAUCUCACUUUAUUGGCCGAGGGAGCCGGCGUACAGCUUCCGGGUCAUGUGGUCAGCAUGACUAAGCCACUUCUGGUGAACCAGAGCAGCGCACGGAAGCGCCGUUUACCUUCCCGCCGGAGCGGUACCUAUUUAUCUACUUGCACUUUGAUGUGCUUUUGAACUGCUAGGUUGGCAGGAGCAGGGACCGAGCAACGGGAGCUCACCCCGUCGCGGGGAUUCGAACUGCCAACCUUCUGAUCGGCAAGUCCUAGGCUCUGUGGUUUAACCCACAGUGCCACCUGCAUCCCUCACCCUAGGCCAUAGCACUCCCCAAAUGGUGACCUCAGAGGAGUAGCCCCAAUUUGAUGUACAUAACGCAUGGAUCAGCAGCCUAGUUAUUAUCUGGAAACCCUCAAGAAAGCUGUGCAUUUGUAUCAAUCCUAAACCUUUGAACAGAGCACUAUAUCACAGCCAUUACCCACUACCAGCCAUUGAUUCUGCAGUAUGUGACCUAUCCCAAGCUAAGGUUUUAUCGGUGUUUGAUGUAAAAAAUGGAUUCUGGCGCGUAGAGCUUGACACAGAGUCAAGCUAUCUGACCACUUUGGCAGCUCCUUUUGGCAUACAUCAUUGGGUGUGAAUGCCAAUGGGCAUCAACUUCGCCCCUGAACUAUUUCUGUGUCGACUGAAUCAGGAGCCUGAAAAUAAUUGCUGAUGACAUACUAAUUGUGGGAGAAGGAGAUAGUGGAAAGGCGGCGACAAAAAAUCAUGACAAAAAAGUUAAGCAUGUUUUUUGGAGAGGUGCAGAGAUAGAAAUAUGAAACCAAACCCUGAUAAAGUCAGGUUAGGACUAAAGGAAGAGCCUUUUAUUGGCCACCUGUUGGCAGCAGAGGGUCAGAAAAUGGACCCAGCAAAAGUACUGUAGAAGAAAUGUGGAUGAUGCCAAGACCUAUGGAUGUUGAGUCCAAAGAUUUUUGGGAAUGGACCACAGUUUGUCUUGGAACGUUUCAGGGCAUUCCAAAAGCAGCGGGAAUUUGAUCAUCUGACAUCUUCACCUGCCUGUGCCCAGAGCAAGGUGAAAGCUGAAUCAGCCAUCAAAAUAGCUAAGAUAAUUUUGACCAAAGCCAGAAAAGCAGGUGCUGAUGCAAAUCUAGCUAUCCUGGACCACCGGAAAUAACCUUCACAAGGUUUGGAUGGAAGUCCAGCACCACAGAGACUGAUGGGUCGAAGGACAAAGACUUUUAUUAACAAUGAGGGGCCACUUAUAAUGCAACCAGAGGGCUGCAGCAGAGGAUCUGAACUGAUUGAACAGAAAUUAAGACAGGCAUAUUAAUAUGACAGUGGCAGAGCAUAUGCAUCUGUCUGCCACCCAAUAGCCUUAAAAACUGCUUUCCCCAAAAUUCUUGGGAAAGGGGUAAGUGUGUGUUUUAAGUAUGCAGACAUUCUAGAGCCAAAGCAGUAUAGAGGGCCUUCCAGACAGGUGUUUAUUAUGGGAAAGGUGCUCCCCCCACCUAUGCCUAUUUUAAUUUUUGCAGUACCUUCACAGCACAGUUGGCAUCAAAAUGCCAGCCUCUAUUCCCGCCCCCAUUUAAUCCAGAUUUACCCUCUCCAGAGGAGAUCAGAUAAAUGGAAAAACCUGUUUUCAACACCCUGUUUGUGAUACCUGCAUGAACUGUUUACAGUAUUAAGCCCCACCCCAAACACAGCCUUGAAGCACCUGGAUCACAUAAGACUAAAGUCAGCUCACCCUUGGGCUAUAUGAUGUUAAAGAAGCUGGCAUAGUGAAGAUGAGGGGGUCCCAAUCCUCUGCGGCAGCUCAAUGGUAGAGCAUGCAAAAGGUCUCAGGUGACAUCCUCUAUGCCUCCAAGAAGGACUGGAGAAAACUCCUGCCUGAAACACCAGAGAAUACCACAACACACACGUAACUGGCUAUAACGUAACAUAACAUAUAUAAUAAAACUGUAAUCAUCAUAUCAAAAAAUUGCAAAGCACAGUUCCUGGUGGCAAUACAUAUCAUAUUACUAUUAACCUUCUGGCUGAUCGCCGAAGAAUGGAUGCUUUUGAAUUCUGGUGCUGGAGGAGACUCUUGAGAGUCCCAUGGACUUCAAGAAGAUCAAACCUCUCCAUUCUUAAGGAAAUCAGCCCUGAGUGCUCACUGGAAGGACAGAUCGUGAAGCUGAGGCUCCAAUACUUUGGCCACCUCAUGAGAAAACUCCCUGGAAAAGACCCUGAUGUUGGGAAAGAUUGAGGGCACAAGGAGAAGGGGACGACAGAGGACUAAACGACUAAACAACAACAAUGUUUUUAUUGUCAUAAAGUCCAAGGGUAGUCAAGUCCAAAGAUUGUCAAGUCCAACGAUUACAAUGUACAGUUCCUGUUGGCAAUGCCAUUUCAUACUGAUAUCUUCCUUCUGCAUCAUCCUGUGUCUUAAAAGUGAACAAACAAACUUGCCUUCUGCAUAGUCCUAUGUCUUGAGAGUAUAACAAACAGAACUGCUUAGUAGCAAUAAGGCAGCUGAUGAUAGACCAGUUCUCAGGAUAAACCCUUGUUUCACCCAUUGGGCUUCUUCAGUGACAAGGUAUCCAGAUUUUUCAGUAGGUUUUUUCAGCUGAAAUAGUCCACAGGAAGGCAGAAGUUGCCAGUCAGAGACGCUCCGUAUCAAUGAUCAUUGAAACUAAGCUAUAUAGGAGCAAUCCCUGCAAUGGGGCAGGUGCAGGCAAUUAGAAUUAAAUAUUUUUAAAGAGACCUAAUCGCAAUGAUACCCAACUGAUGGAAAUCUAAUAUGUUAAGUAUUCCACAGCUACAUUUAUAUACACUAUUACAACUUUAUCAAACUUAUUCAGUGAGGCUUAAUCAUCAAUGAAUCCCAUCUGGCAAAUGGUCAUUGCCGUCUCCACUUCCUAAUAUUGAUCGUAAAAGUAUAAAUUAAUCUUGUGAUGUGUGCUGAAGCACCAGGGAGGCACUGCCACUCGCAGUAGACUGAAUUCAAUGGGCCAGUGGUCUGACUCAGUAUUAAAGGCAUCUUUCUAUGUUCCUAAGUAAGGCGCUGUGUAAUCGAGGCCUCACAAAAUCAUCUUAUUGUUCUUCUUUGCUCUACUGCUCACUGCUAGAGGUGUCUUAGGUGAAUGCAGGUAGAAGAAAAGCAAUUGAGGGCCAAGUUGGAGAUGAUGUUAAUAAAUUUGUCUUUGCUCUUAACUGUGCAGGUGUUUGUUCGUUUGUUUGUUUUUAAAAAAUGCAAAUCGUAUUAGAUGGGGGCAGCUGAUCAUUACUGGGAUCUUAGAAGAAGGCAAGAAGGAAGGACGUCAUUCUUUUCUCUCCCUCCGCUUGCAGGUUGGGGUGGCUUGCAGCAAUAUAUAUGUACAUCUCACUGGUGCUUGGUUUCCCCCAGGAAAAUGCCAGCCCCCUGGCUCCACCUUUGCCGCGGUUCUUGCUAACAGAAUUCUCCAACCCCGUGUUUGAGGAGGACGGCGAGGCACCAGCCCAGAGUCAGCCGGACGUUGAGAACAGAAACAGCACCAAACUCUCCGCCAAUGGCUUUGGUAUCAUCAACUGGGAAAGGAAGGAGGGAGCGGGUGAAGACAUUGGCAAGGCCCCUCUAGGCAGAUCUAUGUUUGAGGGUGUUAGCAUGAGUGAAACAGAGCCAAGUGGUCCAGUGGGGGAAUCCUUUCAAGGCAAAGGUGUUUGGGGAGCCUUUUGAGCCAUAGGCCAGGGGUAGAGGAAUUUUUUUCCCAGCGGGGUGGGGAGGCAUAUUCCCUUCUGGGUAAAUUUUCAGGGGCUACAUGCUAAUAGCUGGAAGGGCUAGAGGCUCAGGCGUGAAUUUUACCUUUGUGCUGUAGAUUAGCACUCCUCUACAUCCUCCAACAUCAAAGCAAGCAAGAAUUACCAUCAGAGUUCAAGGACACAUUCCAGCCAGGCAGAAACACUUGAGGAGGGUGCAAGGCAGAGACAAUGAAGUAUGUGGCCUGAGGACAAGGGGAUGUGUCUGGGGAGAUUCCCAUGGGACAGUCGGUGAUGGAGAAACUGCCAACCAAGAGUAGCAAGCAGUGCUGCUAAGCUACAGAAGAAUGAAUUUAUUAUUUUGGUCACAGGCCAGUUCCAGCCCACAUACAAUAUCAAGGAAGUCAUAAAACAUGAUAGGGAUACAUUUGAAUUUGCAAUUAGGUAUAACAGGGACAAUACAGAUAUAGCAACAGUUUAAAAAAUAUAAAUUAAAACUUAGUCACUAAAAUUAUCAUUUAAGGCCCUUAAUCAUUAUGAUAGCACAGCUUGUCCCCUAAGUUUUAUGGCAAUCGCACAGAAUUUGGCUACCCUUAAUGUGAUCUCAGGAUCCUUGUCCUCUACCAGGGAUUUUAAACAUUGAAGUUUGGAUUCAUUUGGAGAUUUUUGCAUAGCAGGGGUAAUAAAUACCGAGUGUAUAUCCCGUAGAAAUGGCAGCGUAACAAGGCAUGGAAGACAGUUUCUGCCUCCAUAAAGCAGCAGGGGCAGACUCGUUGCGCAUAUGGUUUCGCCUCGAAUCUGCCCUGCAAAAAGGCAGAUGGCAGCACAAAGCUACAGAAGAAGUGUGUGCAGGAUGCAGUCAUAGAUAACAUCAGGGACUGCUCCAGUCAGAACUGUUGCCUGCUCCUCACCCACCACUUCCAUUUAGCAUCUUACCACUUUUUAAAACUGCAAACUGCCUUGGGUGCAUUGCAUUCAUAGAAAUGCAAUCAUUUUUUUUUAAUGAUAUUUAUUAGAAUUUCAGAAAAAAAGAAUUACACAAAAACAAGAAGUAAAAAUACAAGAAAAAUACAAAAUACAGAAUAAAAGAAUAAAAAAACACUUAAAAAGAAAAAAAGAAAAAUAGAUCAAUUUUUCCAUAGCUUACAUUCAUAUCCUUGUUUCCCUGACCUCCUCAUACCUCCCUUUUUUGUAUUCCAGUUCAAUUAGUUAAGUCAGCAAUUUCUUUCCCUCUUUAUUUUCUCAUGGUCCUUUAACUUAAUAUACUAUGACUUUAAAUUUUCACCUGUUAUCAAUCCUUUUUUACAUACACCUUUAUAGCAUUACUGCUUAAACCACCUAACUUCAUUCCAACAUCAUUCUAACAUUCAUUAAUUUUGCAAUAUUUCUGUAAAUAGUCUUUAAAUUUCUUCCAAUCUUCUUCCACUGACUCUUCUCCCUGGUCUCGGAUUCUGCCAGUCAUUUCCGCCAAUUCCAUGUAGUCCAUCACCUUCAUCUGCCAUUCUUCCAGAGUGGGUAGGUCUUGUGUCUUCCAAUACUUUGCAGUAAGUAUUCUUGCUGCUGUUGUGGCAUACAUAAAGAAAGUUCUAUCCUUCUUUAACACCAGUUGGCCGACUAUGCCCAGGAGAAAGGCCUCUGGUUUCUUCAAGAAGGUAUAUUUAAAUACCUUUUUCAAUUCAUUAUAAAUCAUCUCCCAGAAAGCCUUAAUCCUUGGGCACGUCCACCAAAGGUGAAAGAAUGUACCUUCAGUUUCUUUACAUUUCCAACAUUUAUUAUCGGGCAAAUGAUAGAUUUUUGCAAGCUUGACUGGUGUCAUGUACCACCUGUAUAUCAUUUUCAUAAUAUUCUCUCUUAAGGCAUUGCAUGCCGUAAACUUCAUACCUGUGGUCCAUAACUGUUCCCAGCCACCUUGGGGUUUUAUUUUCCAAUAAGUCCUUAUAUCUUAUCCAAACAUUAAACAAUGCUUUCCUGACAAUAUGGUUUUUGAAUGCUUUAUGUGCUUUGACCUUAUCAUACCACAGAUAUGCAUGCCAUCCAAAUACAUUGUUAAAACCUUCUAAAUCCAAAAUGUCUGUGUUUUCAAGAAGCAGCCAUUCUUUCAACCAGCAAAAAGCUGCUGAUUCAUAGUAAAGUUUAAAGUCUGGCAGGGCAAAUCCACCUCUUUCCUUUGCAUCUGUUAGUAUUUUAAAUUUUAUUCUAGGCUUCUUGCCCUGCCAGACAAAUCUAGAAAUAUCUCUCUGCCACUUCUUGAAACAGUCCAUUUUGUCCACAAUUUGCAAUGUUUGAAACAAAAACAACAUUCUAGGCAAUACAUUCAUUUUUAUCGCAGCAAUACGACCCAGCAGUGAAAGCUUCAAAUUUGACCAAAUUUCUAAAUCUUUUUCACUUCGGCCCAGCAUUUUUCAUAGUUGUCUUUAAAUAAAUUCCCAUUUUUUGCUGUCAUGUUAAUCCCCGGGUAUUUCACUUUCUUAACCACUGUUAAGCCUGUCUCAUUCUGAAACCUCUCUCUCUCAAUUGGUGUUAAGUUUUUCUCUAAAACCUUGGUUUUUAACUUAUUCAGUUUGAAUCCUGCAACCUGACCAAAUUCUUGAAUCAGUUCUAAAACCCUUUUGGUACUAGAUUCUGGCUCCUGUAACGUCAAUACUAAGUCAUCUGCAAAUGCUCUCAAUUUGUACUGUUUGGUUCCGACUUGUAUACCUUUAACCAACUGGUCCCUUCUAAUCAUAUUCAGCAAAACCUCCAGGACCGAUAUAAAAAGCAAUGGGGAGAUUGGGCAACCUUGUCGUGUCCCUUUUUCUAUCUUAAAUUCUUCCGUCACCACAUUAUUUACAAUUAAUUUAGCCUUUUUUUUCUGAAUAUAUUGCACUUAUACCGUUUUCAAAGCCUUGGCCUACCCCCAUACCCUGUAAGUUCUUCUUCAUAAAACUCCAAGAAAUGUUGUCAAAAGCUUUCUCCGCGUCCACAAAUAUUAAAACUGCCUUAGUAUUUAUAUUCACUUGUAAUUUUUCUAAAAUAUUGAUUAUGUUUCUCACAUUGUCAGAUAGAUGUCUACCCGGAGAAAGCCUGCUUGGUCUUUAUGUAUCUCUUCCACUAACACUCUUUUUAGUCUUUUAGCCAAGAUGUCUGCAAAAAUUUUGUAAUCCACAUUGAGCAGUGAUAUGGGGCGGUAGUUCUUAAGCUGCGUCUUUUCAGUCUCUGUUUUUGGUACAAGUGUGAUAUACGCUUCUUUCCACGACUCUGGUGCCCUUUUCCCAUCCAUUAUUUCAUUACAGACUUCUUUUAAAGGUUGUACUAACCAUUCUUUUAAAGAUCUGUAGUAUCUAGAAGUCAGUCCAUCCGGUCCUGGAGAUUUACCUAAUUGCAUAUUCUGAAUGGCACCUUCUAUCUCCUGUUCAGUUAUUUUAUAGUUCAACAUUAAUUUAUUUUCUUGAGAGAUUUUUUUGUAAUCCAUUUGUUUUCAAAAAUCGGUCUACGUCAAUUUCUUUCUGUGGCCCUUGUGUAUAUAGUUGUUUAAAGUACCUCUGGAAACAAUUUCUAAUCUCGGCUGGGUUCUGUAUAUUCCUUCCUUCCACUUCUAGAUUUGUAACUGUAUUUAAUUUUUGUCUUUUUUUCAUUUGCCAAGCCAACAAUUUCCCACAUUUAUUAGCCGACUCAAAUGUCUUUUGUCUCAUUUGUUUAAUUUUCCAUUCUAUCUCCUGAUUCAUCAUUUUCAUGUAUUGUACUUGAUGUAACUUUAUUUCUCUCAAAAUCUCUUGCGACUUUGGUUUUGCUCUCAAUUUCUUUUCACUUUCCUUUAUUUUCUCCAAAAUUUUAUCCUUCUUCUCAUUUUGGAUUCUCUUCUUUAAUGCGUUCUGUUGUAUCAAGAACCCUCUCAUAACAGCUUUGCUUGCGUCCCAGAUUACUCUUUUUUCCACAUUGGUGUUCAUAUUUAUCUCAAAAUAAUCUCUCAAGGUUUUUUUUGGGCCUUCUUAAACACUUCUUCAUCUCUAAAUAAGGUGUCAUUCAUCCUCCAUCUGAAGGAACCAGUUGGUGUUAGUUUCAUCUCCAUCUUCACAGCAUUAUGGUCGGAGCAGGUUUUGGGCAGAUUUCCACUUUUCUUGUCUUUGGUGCCAUUCCUCUAGUUACCCAUAUUUGGUCAAUUCUUGUCCAUGUCAGUUUGGCUUCAGAGAAGAAGGUUCCCUCUCUGGCCAAGGGAUUCUUUGUUCUCCAGAUAUCAACUAAGUCCAAGUUGUCUGUCAUCUCAAAAAAAGUUUUCGGUAGUCUGCCGUCCUUAGUGACUACCUGUCUUUGUGCCUUGUCCAUGUGUGUAGAUACCACUCCAUUCAUGUCUCCCAUCAAAAUCACAUUAUAAUCCAAAUAGUCCAUCAAGGUCUCAUGCAACUUUUUAAAAAAUUCAGAUUUCCCCUCAUUUGGUGCAUAAACUCCCACUAUCAAAAAUUUCUCUCCUUGUGUUUGAAUUUCAAUUGCCACAAAUCUUCCUUGGUCAUCUUUGAAGAUAAAUUUCGGUAAUAGUCUCUCCUUUGCGUAAAUCACUACCCCUCUUUUUUUAACCUUGUCCAAUGAAAUAAACUCCUGACCCAGUCUUUUAUUAAUCAGUAGUUUCCUGUGUAGCCUUGUUACAUGUGUUUCUUGUAGACAAAUCAAGUCCAGUUGUUCCUUUUUUAAUAAAUGAAACACAGAUUUCCUUUUCUGAGGGGAGUUCAAACCAUUACAAUUCCAGCUUAAUAGUUGCAGAGCCAUGAUGUAGUUACUUUGCUUCUCCUCCAACUGCACCCAGUGCCUGUUCCUGAUCCGUCGGUGGUAUCACCUUCUCCAGGCGGUCUUUUAGGUCAGGAGGUAAACUUGGUAUGUCUAAAGUUUCACUUACUAGUGCUCUUAACUCUUCUGCAGCUUCCUUCUGCAGGUCUUCUCUGUGGUCUCUCCAAAAUCUAUCUUUGUCGUCCUCUGAUCUUAUUUUUAUCUUCUUCCCUUUGUAACUAAAGGAUAGGCCUUGGGGGAAUUCCCACCUAAAGAUGAUUCCGUUACUUCUCAACAGGGCAACCAAAUCUCUAUAAUUGGACCUAAGGUCCAAAAGAUGUUUCGGAAUGUCCUUAAAAAUCUCCACUUUUGACUGGUGUAUUUCCAAAGUCUUCUGGAAGUGCAGACUCAAGAUUUUGUCUCUCUCCUCUUUUGUUCGGAGGGUGAUCAAACAGUCUCUCACCCUGUUCUUCUUCCCUCCUCUUCCAAGCCUGAAGGCACUCACUAUCUUGAAGUUAUCCUUUUCCAAAUCUGGGUUCCAAAAGUCUACAAAUUCCUGCAGUGAGAAAAUCAGUCAAGUUGUCUUUCUCAAGUUUGGGUAUGGCCCUGAUCCUUAAAUUCGUUUGCUCAAUCAUAGACAACUCAAUCAUAGACAAUAUUGACCUGUGGUCUUCAAGUUGUUUGUGUAUCGGUGGUAUCUUCUCUUCUACAACAGUGGCUGUAGCAGUUGCUAUUUCCUUUGCCUCUUCAGCUGUCUUUCGUGUCGAGGUAGAUUCCUGUAGUAAUUUCUGAAUAGUUUCUGUGUUGGUAUUUACCUUCUGUCCCAAAUUAUUAAUACUUGUAGUGUUUUGGUCAAUUUUGCCCGAUGCCUCGGCUACUUGUUUACUUAUUCUUUCCAAAGAUUCGUUGAUUUUACCUAGUGCCUGAGCCAAAGCAUCUUCAGCUGCCAUUCCUUUGGGUUUAGGUUGUGCCGAUGAGGCUACUGUUGGUAAUCCAGAAGGGCCAGAUGUCGAUGCUCUUCGUUGCAGCCCACCGUCUGUGCGAAAUAGUCUGCCAGACCUCGUUGUUUUUUCCUGUAACAAAUCUAUCUUCUCCUUUCCAUCUGCCAUAACCCUCAAGAUAAAACCCAAGGUCAGUCUCACGAUCAGAAAUUGUUUUGAAGUGGAAAAUUCCCCUGGCCCAGCUGUUAUUGUAACAAUUUCAAACUUCCUCUAGGGGGACACAGUAGCAAUCAAAAAUGUCUUAAAGUAAUUAACUUUUUUUCCUUUAGCCCCCCAAUUCACAGAAAGGACAACAGUUUCAAUCUCCGUUAUUUUCUGUUACUUUAAAACCAGGAGAAGCCAGUCAGAAAUAUUGUAUCUUACUUGUAUCUCAGAUGCAGAGUUAACUGUCAAAGAGUACUUUCAGCAACAGCGCAUUUCACAAUACGGCAUUCUUACUGUUCACUGGCAACCCGUUCCCGGGUUUUGAGCGGUGGGUUUUAGCUUCUUUUCCUCUCUUUUUGCAGGGAAAUACAGUUCAGACCUUUCCCCCCUCCUCCCCUGCAAUCAAGGGGGGGAAAUUGCUUAUUUGAUGUUGGAAUUAUAAUCCUUUUCCGACGUCUUUUAAGGUUUCCGCUUACAAGUUCAUUGCUUUACUCCAUUUACAAGAAUGGAAGGCAGACGUCCUGUUUAUGCCUCUCCGCUUCGGUGCCAGACCUUAAACUUUAUUAUGAAUCAGCAGCUUUUUGCUGGCUGAAAGAAUGGCUGCUUCUUGAAAACACAGACAUUUAGGAUUUAGAAGGCUUUAAUAAUGUAUUUGGAUGGCAUGCAUAUUUGUGGUAUGAUAAGGUCAAAGCACAUAAAGCAUUUAAGAAUCAUAUUGUCAGGAAAGAAUUGUUUAAUGUCUGGAUAAGAUAUAAGGAUUUAUUGGAAAACAAAACCCCAAGGUGGCUGUCACCGAUGGAAGCAAAAGCACAGAAAAAGCUCAAUAUGGAGGCCAAAUGGCCGAAAUAUUGGGAAAUUUUGGAACAAGAGGGAGAUAGACUGAAAUUGCAGAGUUUCGAGAAACUAAAAAACAAAGUGUGAGAUUGGCUUCAUUAUUAUCAGAUAAUGGAGACAUAUAAUUUGGACAAGAAAAUUGGCUUCCAGGUGGAAAAAUCAAAAUUAGAAACAGAACUGUUAGAACCCAAAACUAAGAUUUUGUCAAAGAUGUAUAACUUGCUGUUGAAAUGGAAUACUCAGGAUGAAACGGUGAAAUCUGCUAUGAUUAAAUGGGCACAAGAUGUUGGACAUAACAUAAUGAUGGCUGACUGGGAACAGUUAUGGACCACAGGUAUGAAGUUUACGGCAUGCAAUGCCUUAAGAGAGAAUAUUAUGAAAAUGAUAUACAGGUGGUACAUGACACCAGUCAAGCUUGCAAAAAUCUAUCAUUUGCCCGAUAAUAAAUGUUGGAAAUGCAAAGAAACUGAAGGUACAUUCUUUCACCUUUGGUGGACGUGCCCAAGGAUUAAGGCUUUCUGGGAGAUGAUCUAUAAUGAAUUGAAAAAGGUAUUUAAAUAUACCUUCUUGAAGAAACCAGAGGCCUUUCUUCUGGGCAUAGUCGGCCAAUUGGUGCCAAAGAAGGACAGAAUUUUCUUUAUGUAUGCCACAACAGCAGCAAGAAUACUCAUUGCAAAGUAUUGGAAGACACAAGAUCUACCCACUCUGGAAGAAUGGCAGAUGAAGGUGAUGGACUGUAUGGAACUGGCGGAAAUGACUGGCAGAAUCCGAGACCAGGGAGAAGAGUCGGUGGAAGAGGAUUGGAAGAAAUUUAAAGACUAUUUACAGAAAUAUUGUAAAAUUAAUGAAUGUUGGAUAGAAAGUAGGUGGUUUCAAGCUGUAAUACUAUAAGGGAAUAUGAAAAAUGGAUUACCAACAGAUAAAAAUUUAACGUUAUAAUAUUUUAAGAUUAAAGACUAGGAUAAACAAAGAGGGGAAGGAUUUGCUGAACCAACAAACUGAACUGGAAUACAAAAAAGGAGGCGUGAGGAGGUCCGGGAAACAAGGUAAUGAAAAAUAAGUAAUGGAAAGAUUGAGUUGUUUUUAACUAUUUUUAUUUUGUAUUUUUCUUUUUUCUAUUUUUCUUUUGUAAUAUUUUGAAAAUUUCAAUAAAUAUCUUAUUAAAAAAAAAAAAAUUGUCCCAGGAAAAAGGCAGCGCUCUCUGGUAACGGCUGUGCGGCUUCGCUCCACGGAAGAAACAGUUGGCUCACAGCACCGCGCCACUUCCCCGCUCCGCUCUGGAACCCGUAGUCGGGCUCCUUUGCCAGUUGGGGGGGCGCGAAAGGUGCCCACCGAGUCCCACGGUCACAGGCUUCACCCGCCUGUGAUUUUUGAAGGGUCCCCGCUUCGCCGUAGCGGUGCAGACCCGAUUUCCGCAGAGCCGGUUCCCUCCAAGUCAGAGGGAAUCCGCCAUUACCGAUGGCGCCACCCCGGAAGUCUCCCAUAGAAAUGCAAUCAAUAGAUAGAUAGACAGAUAGCCAAAUAGCUUCACUUGUCUGAGGCAACUUCCUACGUUCCUGUUGCAGGGUAGUGUGGUGGUGGUGGUGGUACAGGGGAGGAUGCUGGGAGGUGUCUGUGCCAUGACUGUGACUCUCCGCUCCUGCUUCUGUGCCUGCAGCCCAACAGGUCCGGGACAUGGCAAGCAGGAAGUUCAAGCCAGACUGCAAGUUCUCCUGGCUCUGUGUGGCCAUUCUCAGCACGGUGCUUCUCCUCCUCCUGGCCUUAUUAGUGGGCAUCAUCAUUGCAUCCCGUAAGUUCCAGGCACCAAGACCUGUCCGGAAUUCUUCCAGAGAGGGUGGGCCCCUCCUGCUUUCCCCAGAAAGUACUUCUUUCUGCCCUCAUCAACCAACCAACCCCCCUCCCCCCCCUUUAAGGCAGAGCUGGAAGAUCUAAUAGAAGCAGGGUAGUCAACAUGGUGCCCUCCAGAUGUUUUCUAUAUUUAUUUAGUUGUUUACUGCAUUUGUCUUGGCAAUUUACAUCCUGUUUAGUUGCGGUAGUUUCAAAGUCGUGUACAAGGACUCAGUGCAAGAUGAAAAUCAGUUAAAACUAUGAAAUUCAGUAUCUGGCCUCCUUAUUUACUUCUUAUAAGCUGUUUCCUUUAUAAAUAAUUAUUAAGUUUUUACUAAUUAUAACUUAAAUAGCCAGAUACAGGAUAAAGGAAGUAUUUUAUUUGGUUGUUUGUAUUGUUGUAUGUUAUGCUUAUUGUAUGCUAUGUUCACGUUUAAUGAGGGUGGAUUUCUGUAUUGGGGGGUGAGGGGUUUAUGUUAUGUUGUAAGUAAAAUUUCCAAUAAAAUUUUAAAAUUAAAAAAAAACAACUAUGAAAUUCAGUUAAAAUGCCUUCUGGGGUUUUAAGGAAGUCUACAGUAGGCACUGUAGAUUCAACAAGGAGGGGGGUCUGUCUGAGCUCAGCUGGAAAGGAGGUUCAUAAAAGUAGGCCCACAACAUUGGAUAUAAGCUGUGUGUCUGAGCGAUGUUGUGGGUCUCUGUCCAACUCUCAGCACCCAUAACAAACCGCAGUUCCCAGGAUUAUGUAGGGGACGCCGUGGUUGUUCCAAGUGGUAUAAUACCUCUUUAAAUUUAUAGCACAGGCUGGGCCAUGGUGGCUCUCCUGAAGUCCUCAGUGAUUGGACAGGAAUAUAAUGACUCACACUGCUCCCCCCCCCAGUGAAGUUUAGUUUCCCCCCUUACAGAGUUGCAGUUCUCAGCAUCUUUAACUACGGUUCCUUGGGUUCUUUGGAGGGGAAGCAAUGUGCUUCAAAUGCAUGUUGGAUGUGCUUUGAAUGUAUAUUUGGUCCACAGUAGAUGGGCCAAAGGUCUGGUUCUGAAUAAAGCAGCUUCCUAACUCUGCUUGAGGGUGGAGAGGCAAACCUCAGCCACUCUCAUCCCUUGUAAAUUCUCUUUCUAUGGCAGCAGAGCUGAAGUCCCACCAUCCCGUCAAACCCUCGCUCGGGGCUUCUCAUGCCCACACCAUCGCCGCUACCUCAACUCCCAUCACCAGGACCUCGCCAAGCCCCCAGCCCACAGGGACGCUAUCCCUGGGAGGAGAGUCGCCUGUUACCACAAUGCCAGCACCUCGUGAGUAGACAGCUGAGGCCAGAGUUGUUUCCCCGCCUGCCUUUAGAAGCAUGAGCCCUACCCAUUGUGUGGGGGGUGCCUGCUUUCCAUUUGGUACAAUGAACAGCCACAGAGUUGAGACUCUGUUACCCACCCCUGACAGGUGGCCCCUGGAAAGUUGCCCAGAAGGGAAUGUGGCCCUCAGCCUUCAAAGGAUUACUCAUUCCUACUGUAAAUCCACUCGACGUGUCUGUUACAUACUGAAGUUCUCACCCUGGGCCAGCAGGGGGAUACUGUAGAUAGUUUUCACUCAGGUCCACAUAUGCAAAUAAGGAAUUGAAUAUGAUGUUCAGUGAUUGGAUAGUUACAGAAAGUUGUUACUGUUGCGUUGUGGUGGAGCUCUAUAUAAGCAGGCUGGCUGAACCCUUCAGUUCAGUUCUGUUCUGGGUCUGUGAAUAAACAAGAGCUGUUUGAAGAAUCGCUGUGUCGUCUGAUAUGUUCACCCACAACUUAACAGUGUCAUCGUUGUUGUUGUUGUUUUCCCCAUGUACAGUAUGUGGAGGGAUCCUGCUUGGCCCCAAGGGCACCUUCAGCUCCCCCAAUUACCCAGCCCCCUACCCCCCAAACAUCUUGUGCAAGUGGCACAUCCGGGUGACGGCAGGGAUGGCGAUCCAGCUGAAGGUGGAGGAGCUAGACAUUGAGAGUUCUGCCUCAUGCCUGUAUGACCGGCUGGAGAUAUUCAAGGAGCAGGAUGCUUCUUCAUUGUGGGAUGGGAGUACCAGGUAAAGUGCCAUCGUCCUAUGGUUUAUUUCAAAUUGACUUUAUUUUUAAUUGCACUGUUUUGCUGCUCUGUCCUUUGGGAGGAAGGGCAGGAUAUAUCCUCUGACCAUUCCCACCCCUUUUCCCUCCCAGGGGGCCAUGGGAAAGCGCUAGCUAUUUUUCCCUUGGCUCCCUUUUUAAACAGGUGGCUUUUGCAGGUACUGUGGCUCUGUGGCACCGGCAACGAUCAACACCAACUCCAGCCAGCUUCAGGUCAUCUUUGUCUCAGAUGACAACAUUGCUCCCUCGGGCUUCACUGCCUGGUAUCGGGCCGUUCUGCCCAGUGAAAGUAAGUGAAUCCAGGUGGUGUGGAGGUGGCGGGGGCAGAGAGCAAUUCUCUUAGGGGGUUGAAAGAGAUCCUUCCAAGCGUUUUAUUCCAAGUACUGGGUAGUGCUGGUGAUUUGGGGAAUGUAUUAUUACUUGGUUGCUAGACCCAUUGACUUGCCGAUCAGAAGGUCGGUGGUUCGAAUCCCCACAACAGGGUGAGCUCCCGUUGCUCGGUCCCUGCUCCUGCCAACCUAGCAGUUUGAAAGCACGUCAAGUGCAAGUAGAUAAAUAGGUACCGCUCCUGCAGGAAGGUAAACAGUGUUUCCGUGCGUUGCUCUGGUUCGCCAGAAGUGGCUUAGUCAUGCUGGCCACACGACCCGGAAGCUGUACGCCGGCUCCCUUGGCCGAUAAAGCGAGAUGAACGCCGCAACCCCAGAGUUGGCCAUGACUGGACCUAAUGGUCAGGGGUCCCUGACCCAUUGAAGCUAGUGGAGAAGACUAAAUUAGGUUUGUUCAUUUCAGUGUGAUGAACCUAACCUAAGUUAGGUUCAUUCAUUUCAAGGAGAUGGGAGAAGCCAUGGCGCUUUUGACCAGUUCCAAAACAAGUCUCAAGCCAGUUGGAAUCCUUAGCUUCUUGUCCUCCAGGGGUGUUUGUCUGUUCCAGAGAACUGUUCCUGGGAUGAGUUUCUCUGUGACCAGGGGCUCUGCCUCCACUCGGCCUACGUGUGUGACGGUUAUCACGACUGCCAUGACAAGAGAGAUGAAGCCAACUGUAGCACAAAGCACAAAGGUACAGUGCAACAGCCAGCACAGCUGACCCCCAGUGUUGUUGUGGGGCAGACGAAUUAUUGGUAGGGAGGCAUUGCAAAGGGGAGGCAAAUGCCAAUACUGGAGAAAUGAGCUCCAAACCAAAUUUGAGCUUCCCUUUCUAUGGGUGGAGCAGUUAAGAACAUCCAGAAUUUCUCUUUAUUCUGGUCCACGUUUUUACUGGAGCUGACCUAAUUUGCACCUCUCAGGUAAAUGCAUGGGAUUGUCCCCAGGGCUAAUCUCCGACCAGAGCCGGCCCAACCAUGACACAAGGUGAAGCAGCCGCCUCAGGCAGCGGAAGUACAAGAGGUGGUGCUGUAUCUACCCCACUGUUUCCAUUGCUGAGAGGGAGGCAUUCCAACUAAUUCUAACCCUCUCAGAGCUACCAUUUCCAGAGUUCCUUCAGAAGAGUGAUUGACUGUUAAACCACUCUGGAAAUUGUAGCUCUGCGAGGGAAAUAGGGGGUUGGUUAACUCUCAGCACUCUUACCAUACUACAGUUCUCAGGAUUCUCUUGGGGAAGGCAUGACGGCUGUUUAAAGUGAUAUGAUACUGCUCUAAAAGAAUAGUUCAGACACAGGAGGGGGGUGGGCUUAGCACUGUCUGUUUCAAAAUAGAACUGGGGAGGGGGCUUCUAUGUGAAGUGGUUUGGCCAGGUUCCCAAAUCUGUUACUGGAAUCUGAUUGGACAUGCUGGAAAUGAGGAGUUUAAUAGUUCAGCAGUAUCGCUCUGCGCAACUAUUAAGAGUGUAGGACCGCUCUCCUGUUUUUCAUCUGAAAUAGCUAUGAGAGUUGCAAAGAAUUUGCCUCUCAUUGUGAGAAGAAGCAAAGUACAACAGGAAAAGAGAGAGAGAGAGAGAGCAGAGGGAAAAAUCACUUGGAUAUCCUUGGUGCCAAUAAUGCAAGCCCAUCCAUCACCACAAUAUGUGUGUUUCCUUACAGGUUGUGGAGGGACCCUCACCAGCAUGGAAGGGCAAUUAUUCUCCCCAAAUUACCCACAGCCAUACCCACAUCUGCAGGUGAGUGGCGACUUGAGAUGUAUUGUGGACCACACUACCUUGCAUGCACCCAGCAGAGCUGGGCAGUGGUGCUUUUACCUUGCAGCAAUGCAAUGCCCUAAUAAGUGGCAGAAUCUGAAGCAGUCCAGUGUCAGUUCUUGGAAAGCCACUGCAACUGUGGGACUUUUGAGAAAUUUUCAGUAGAGAACGCGUGGUAGUUCAGACCCUGCAAUCCUCUAAUAAUAAAUGUGGGCAUGUGAGUGGGAUGGAUGUGUAAAUGUGGCUUUAUAAUAAUAAUAGAAUAAUAAUUUAUUAUUUAUACCCCGCCCAUCUGGCUGGGCUUCCCCAGCCACUCUGGGCGGCUUCCAACAAAAUAUCAAAACACCGUAAUGCAUCAAACAUUAAAAGCUUUGGCUCACCCUAGUGGCAGAAUGUAGCUCCUGGAUGAAUAGUUAGUUGCUUGGGAAUGUUAAGAUUCUCCACCUCUGUAUUGUUAGAGGCUUAUUGCAUUGCUGAGAGGGGAAGAGUCACAUGUAAAAGAAUCUCUGCCCAGCCCUUGGGCUGGAACGACGUUUGCACACAAGUUCAAAAUGUAGCAAAGUUCCAGAACCUAAAUUUGUGCUUGGGGAAAGGACUGUAGCUCAUUAGCAGAGCUUCAGCCUUGCAUGUAGAAGUUCCCCGGUAGGUUCAGCCCCCAGCAAUGGAGGUUUGUCCAUUGGGGCAAAUUGGACAUUGUCAUAACAACCUCAGCCUGCUCCUUAUGAACCCCCAUAUAUAUGCCUGUCUUCUUACUUACUUCCAGCCCAGUGGACAGCAUGGACUAUCAGCUUCCUCCUAUUUGGUCUCACUGUUUGUUUAUUUUUUGUUUUAUUUUAUUUAGAGCAUUUGUGCCCCAUUCUUUAGCCAAAGGCACACCUAGAGUGGCUUACAAGCAACCUAUUAAAGCAAGACAGUCCCUGCUUGCAAGCUUACAAUCUUGAAACAAAACAAAACACGACACACAAGAGAAAGGAACAAGAAAAACUAAAACUCAAGCACUGGUUCUGGUUGCUCUGUAAUGACCUGCUGGCACAGUUUAGCAGCAGGAGGUGCCUGAUACUGCUGGUCAUACAGCAAAGCUGAUGGGAUGAGCUCCCCAUCUUUCUCACUGAUGAAUGGCUUCAGUUUUGAAAGUCAGCAGCGGGGAGGAUGAUGGCAGAACUAGAGACUAAUUGUCUGUGCCUCUCACAGACUCUGCCACCUGCCCCACCAGAAUCGAUUAACCCCAGCCAUUGGUGGUCUCCCCAGCAUCCCCAGGAAGGUCUGGGAGAGAACUCCCUGCCUGAAACCCUGGACAGCAGCUUCCAAUCAUUGCAGACAACACUGAGCUUGGGAUAAGGCAGUUUCCUGCAUGUCUCUGAGAAGGCAGGAGAUGUCCCAGGAGAGCUGCUGCCAGCCAGAGCAGACAAUACUGAGCUAAAUGGUCCAAUGGUCCGACUCAGAAUAAGAUGGCUUCCUAGGAACCUGAGAUCUGAGUAGAAAGAAACCCUCCAUAGUCCAGCUCUUAUACUGCCAGGCUGAGCCACGCUAGGAGCUCCCCUAUCGUGUACAGUAGACCUCCCAGACCUGCCUUUCUCUUCCAGCUCUGCCUCUGGCAUAUCUCAGUGCCUGUGGGCCACGUGGUGGACUUGCAUUUCCACAACUUCAGCCUCGAGUCCCAGGAGGAGUGCAACUAUGACUUUGUGGAGGUGUACGAUAGCGCUGGGAUGGGAGCAACCAGCGUCAUGGGCAGGUAUGGUGGUCUUUCAUCCCACCCACCCCCACCCUCCAGUAACGCUAGUGAAUUCAAACUGUUACCAUGGUCAGAACCCAACAAUUCCCAGAAGUUUCAUGAAAAUAUAUGGAGAGCCUGACUGCAGAAUCGGGACAAAGGGGGCCAGUCCAAUCCAGUGUCCUACUUGCAUGGUCAACCAGAUGAGAAGUCCUCUUUUAAAGCCAUCCAGAUUGAUGGCCAUCACUACAUCUUGUCACUGUGAAUUCUGUGAUUUAGCCCUGCACCAUGUUAAGAAGUCCUUCCUUCUGCCUGUCCUGAGUCUUCCAACCUUUGACUUCAUCAGAUUUCCACAGGUUCUAAUAUUUUGACUGAGGGAGAAAUGCUUUUUUCCUCUCUGCUUUCCCCACAAUGCCUUUCCCUGUCCACUGUGAAUAAUGUAUACACAUUUCAAUGGAAGUUUUUCACCAGAAGAGGGAGCCUCUGGCCUAGGUCUAUGCUGCAAUCCAGAAACCACUAGCACAGUAACCAGUGUGGCAGCUCUCAGGUGACACAAAGGGACCAAUCAGGUCUUCCUUGCUCUAUCCUAUAUGCAAAUAGCAAACUCAUUUACUGAAUGUUGAUCAUUUUGUAGUCCCAAUGGCACCGUCUGCUCUCAAGAGCGGGUGAUUAGGUCUUUCGGGGGAAACCCCAAGGUGCACAGAAUUGCCAUAUAUAUCCCUCCAGCAUCUUGAGUCCCCAAACUGGGAUGCACAUCUUCCCAUCUGUGCUUCCACACCAAGUCAUGUAUCCGUGCGAGAUCACAGAGGCCAAAAGAUGCCACAUUGAGACCAUAGCCCCAAUAAAAGAAUUUUUUGGGGGCAACAUCUCUGCGUGAAAUUGUGUGGUAUCACAGCACCCAAAAUGGCCACCAAGCUCUCAUGGGAAAACCUAGGAUGUCCCAGUUUUUCCAGGACACUUGCAGGGUGUGAUGAAUUUAAAGGGGUGAGAGGAAAUUAAAGGAGAACCCCUCCAAAAUAAAACACACUCAAGCCCGUAGAAUACUGAGCAUGCUCAGUGGGAACAGAAUGCUGAGUAUGGACAGGAAUGGAAAACCAGGUGGAAGGGGAAUGGAAUAGAGUAGCCUAGAACGUGUUAUGUUUGGAACCCUGAGCAGGAGCAUUUCACGCAGCAACAUUUUACUACAGACCCCAGUUGUAAAGCCUCUGAUCCUGAUCUGGUCCUUAAUCGGAGUGACUUCUCUUUCUGGCUGGGCAUCCCGUGUGUGUGUGUGUGUGUGUGUGUGUGUGUGUGUGUGUGUGUUAGAACUGGGUGCUUUGUUAAAAGUCACUUUCCCCUUCCUCUUUUUGCAGGUUCUGCAGCUCUAACUUGCCCCCUGUCCUGACCUCCUCACAGCACGUCAUGACAGUCCUCUUUGUGGCGGACGAAGGAAUAGCUGACAAUGGGUUCUUUGCCACUUACCAUGCCCACAACGCCACGGAAAGUAGGUGAUGGUGGCUCCUGGCACCUUUGUCUACCGCCAGCUGAGGUAGAAUGGGCCAGCCAGCUCUCUCUUCAACAUUUGUUUACCACCAGCCCCUGCUUACACAUUAUCUCCUGGAGCUUCUCCCCUCCCCACGUGGGCCUCAGAAAGGGGCAGCACUCUGCCCAUCCUCAGAGGCACCCUCCUCUUUUAAAAUUGUUACCUCCCAUUAUAAAGAGAAGACACUUUUCCAGAUCUCUGGGAUUCCAGCCAAACUUUCUUAAAUUGGGGGGGAGGUUGAAGUAUAAAGACAUUUUGGUUUUAAAACUAAGCCAUGUUUUUUCCCCUACCUCACCACCAAUCCCAAACACUUGCCUUGAUAUCCAGCCUGAUGAAGCAUUCUGGUGCACUCAGAAGCUUGCGCACUAUUCUGUAACAUUACGGUUGUUUGCAGUAAAGGGACUUUGGAAUCUUUCGAAUCAAGAAUGGUAGCUUGACCCUUAGCUGUGCAUGCUGGCCUAACCUCCCGCUCUUCCUCUCCUUAUCAGCAUGUUGGGUGGGCUUUUUCUCUGAGAAAAUCCAAUUGAUUUGGCAUGUGGAGGGUCGGGAAAUGUUUUCCUUGCUGUUGAAUAAGUGGGGGUGGGACGUCAUCCCUGCUCCCCCGAAUGACUGCUGGCCACAUACCUUCCCUUCUGUCUCUGUUAACAGAAAGUGUUAGAAGUCACAGUGGCUGGUCCCCACUGUGACUGGUAGGGCAGCAAUAAGGGAGGCCAACAGUUGGUGGCGCCAGAGCCAAUGAUGGAUAAGAGACAGAGCAGAUCCAGCUCAUUCUACUCUUGUCUGUAUCCUCCUCUCUGCUGAGUUCUACAAAGGCAGCACUGAGACUAAGGAGGAGGUUGACAGGACUGCUUGUAAGUAAGAAGGCAGGCAGGUAGAAGAAGAAGAGUUUGGAUUUGAUAUCCCGCUUUAUCACUACCCUAGGGAGUCUCAAAGCGGCUAACAAUCUCCUUUCCCUUCCUCCCCCACAACAAACAUUCUGUGAGGUGAGUGGGGCUGAGAGACUUCAGAUAAGUGUGACUAGCCCAAGGUCACCCAGCAGCUGCAUGUGGAGGAGCGGGGAAUCGAACCCGGUUGACCAGAUUACGAGUCCACCGCUCUGAACCACUACACCACGCUGGCUCACCAGCGUAGGGUAGGGGCUAGCUGAGGUCAGAUUGAGGCCGAUAGGGUCGUCUCCCAUUUGCCCUAAUGGGACCAGUCCGCACUGCACUGCUAUCCACACAUUUUCUCUUCUGCCUCUGCUAACGAAAAGGACCAAAAGCAUGCUUUUUCUUAAAAUGAAAACAAGGUGGGGGGUGUGGAUGAAAGAAGGAAGAUUCGGGCAGAGGGUUAUGAAGGGGGGCAGCUGCCACUCAUAACAGCUACUUCCCCAAUAGCAGAAAAACUCCUGCUUUCUGCCACGUCAUCCAUGGAGCUUUGAGGAGGGGCCUCAUUCAUAAAAGCCUCGAGGUGGCACUGAUGGUGCUGGAUCUGGGGGCGGGGGCGGGGGGGGGGUCACCUCUUGGGAAGGACUACAUUUGUUUGUUCUCAAACUCUAGUCCUCCUGGGAUUACAUACAUUUUGGCAGUUCGGGUUUUUCUGUGUGUGUUUGUUGUUUUCCAUAAUUACUACUUAGCCUUACAGCAGGAAAAUUCCGUCCAGGGGAGAGAGAAAUCUCUAAGCGGGAAUGCCACUGACCUCAAAGCUUUCGUUCUCAUGUGAUUAGAGGAAAACUCACAUCUGACUCCAGGCCAAACUUAUGAACUGCUAAACUGUAGAACUGCACACACUAGGCAUGGAUGAAUCUGUCAAUUUCACUUUCUCGUUCUUAUAAUCUUAUGCAAAGGUCACCACAUUUCUACAGCAAUUUGCACUAAAAGAACAAAAAGCUUGUGAAAAUUUAUCAGUAUUUUAGUGCGAAUUUCCCCCAAUAAAUGCAUUUUUGGAUGCAGUUUUGACUAACGUGCACAUUUUUGCAAGCAAUUUUUCCUAAUGCAAUUAAAUGUCUUCAUAAAGGUGUGUCUUUUAUGAACAAUUUCCUUUAAUAUAUUCAUUUUUGGACACAUUUUUGGUUGGGGAGCUGCAUCGCAAGAUUCGGAGAAGGGUGAAUUUCACAGGAUAGCUGUGUUUCAUUUUGUGCAUUGCUUCAGGAAGUGCAAAUCAGGUAGUUUCUCAUUAAGAGACAAACAAAAUCUAAUCCCUCCCAAAAAAGUUCCUUGCUUCCUCAUCAAAUGAGGAGUUCCAGGACAGAGUACCAUCCAAGUGCUUCUCUUAAGCCAAAUGAUUCCCUUUACUCUUUGGAAGAAUUUUCAAGUUUCCCUGAAAGAAGAAAAGCAACUGGGAAUUCCAAGCUCCCCUACCCAGAUUUAGUGGCCACUUCAUGACAAAACUGUAUAAUGAUGCUAUCUGUGCUGACAUGUAGAUUAAGGGGAAAAGAGUGAGCCUUGCAGAGGUUAAUUAAAAUAAGUUUGUGUUAAAGCAGUCGCAUUCUGCUUUAGAAGUUCCCCAUCCCUUAAGGCUGACGCUGCCAUUUAGCAGGGUGUUGUCUGCCUAAUACUUCUGCUGUCCUCUCUCUCGCCUUUCUCAACCCCUCUCCAGAAACAUGCAGCCCCCUGGAUUUCUCCUGCAGAAAUGGCGAGUGCCUGUCUCAGGCGUUGGUGUGCGAUGGCUGGCACAACUGCCCAGAUGGGAGCGACGAAUUCAACUGCACCAGCCUCACCUAUGCAUCUUUUGGUGAGCGGCAAUUCUUUCCUCAUGAAACAAGAUUCCCAAAGUUGAGGUCCUGCACCAGUUGUUGUAAAAGGGCUGCCCUCUCAUGUCAGACUGAGUCAUAAAUAAGGAUGGGCAAAUUUGCCCAUUGUGGUGCCCCAAAGUUUCUCAUUUCCCCUAACCUAAAGUUCAGCACUUUAGAUUUCUGCAUUAGUUUGCAAUUUUAAAACAAACACCCUUACAUUAAAUUGUUAGCAUUUCCUUGCACAUUUAUCCCAAUAUACCUGUUUUUGUGUGCAAUUUUGUCUAAUAUGUGCCUGAGCUGAAUCUGAAACAUUGCCACACAAACACGCAUAUACCUGCACCUUUUCCCUCUACCUGCAGAGCCGUCCUGUGAGCCGAUUGAGGUGGAGAUGUGUUUGGGUCUCAGUUACAAUACCACCUCUUUCCCCAACAUCUGGCUGACCAUUAUGGAUCAGCAAGAAGCAGAAGAGCAUCUCGAAGACUAUAUGGUGAGCCUGGGGAGGAAGGGGGAAAGGGGUGAGGGAGAGCGAUGGGGGGGCACUGGACCAUUGGCUUGGGAGGAAGGCAGGGAACAUCAACAGAAAGCACCUUGCCAUGGAGUGGGGAGCAGGAGAGAAAGAUCUGGCCCAGCAGGACAACACCCCUCCCACCACUUUAGGAAAAUUGAUAGAUUGGUUCCUGGGCAUCUGGAGCCCUGAAAAAUGCCCCCCACCAAGCCUGUUGGCCACUGCCUAUCCUUGGUUCUAGGUCAGCUGGAGCCAGAACCAGGAAAAUGACUCCCUUUCUGCCCUUGGAUCAUUCUUUAAAAAAUUAUUUAUAAAUCAAUGACAUCACAACAUCAUACAACAAUUAUAGAAAAGAAGUUUGACUUAACCAUAAUCCACACAGUGCACAGCCAUUUUCUACGUGUUAAAAGAGAAAAUUCGCAAAUGCACUAAAUGCAUCCACUUAACAACGACCAUCAGGAGUGCUUAGCCAAAGAGGUGCCUCAGUAAUAAACCUAACUGAAAUAAUUUUUGGAGAAGCAGCGGUUGUAUUGCAGCUCUCUGACAGGUCACGUGACAAGGGGUCCCACAGAUCUUCAGAUUUGUCCCUCCUGCUUUCGCCUGUCAUUGGCAUUUUUCUUUGCAGACGUUUUUCAGCUAUGGCAAGUAGUCCCCAGACUUUCCCCACCCUAUAAACUCAUUCUCAGUGCUUCCUGCCCUAUAACACAUUGUUCAGAACAGCAGUUUGCACAAUCCGCUAAGGAAGAUAACACAAUAAAAAUUCAAAGCAGUAGCAAUUAAUUACACAUUUAUUCAAAACCCAAUUAAAACUAUUCAGUUUUCUUGAUUCAGCAAAACUGAUGCACUUAGAAUCAUAGAAUCUUAGAGUUGGAAAAAGUCGUCUAGUCCAACCCCCUGCAAUGCAGGAAUCUCAGCUAAAGCAUCCAUUACAGAUGGCCAGCCAGUGUGGUGUAGUGGUUAAGAGCAGUGGACUCAUAAUCUGGUGAACCGGGUUCGCUUCCCCGCUCCUCCACAUGUAGCUGCUGGGUGACCUUGGGCUAGUCACACUUCUCUGACGUCUCUCAGCCCCACUCACCUCACAGAGUGUUUGUUGUGGGGGGGGGGAGGGAAAGGAGAUUGUUAGCCGCUUUGAGACUCCUUAAGGGGAGUGAAAGGUGAGAUAUCAAGUCCAAACUCCUCCUCCUCUUCCUCCAACCUCUGUCUAAAAACCUCCAAGAAAGUCCACCACAUCUCGUGGGAGUUGUUCCACUGCUGAACAGCUCUUACUGUCAGAAAGUUUUACCGAAUGUUCAGUCGGAAUCUCCUUUCUUGAAACAUGAAGCCAUUGCUCCCUCCUCCACGUGACAGCCCUUAAGAUAUUUAAAGGUGGCUAUCAGAUCUCAUCUCAAUCUUCUCUUUUCCAGGCUAAACAUACCCAGCUCCUUUAGCCAUUCCUCAUAAGGCUUAGUUUCCACACCCUUGAUCAUCUUGGCCGCCCUCCUCUGCACACGUUCCAGCUUGCCAACAUCCUUCUUAAAUAGUGGUGCCCAGAACUGGACACAGUAUUCCACUUGAUCCUGUGAUAUUGAGAUUCCUGCAUUGCAGGGAGUUGGACAAGAUGAUACUUGGGACCGCUUCAAAUUCCAUAACUCUAUGUUACCAGCUUCUCAAAGUCUGGUGCUCACUUACAGCUCCACUGCCCCACAGCGCCCCCUUUGGGAACCACUGAGCUAGGGCAAGAGACCACCAUCUCUGCAUGGGGUACUUCCAGGGAUGGGCUAUCAAAUGCAGUAUUAGGUACAGUAAACCAGGCUUCUUCAACCUCAGCCCUCCAGAUGUUUCUGGCCUACAACUCCCAUGAUCCCUAGCUAGCAGGACCAGUGGUCAGGGAUGAUGGGAAUUGUAGUCUCAAAACAUCUGGAGGGCCGAGGUUGAGGAAGCCUGCAGUAAACCAUUCACUUUUUCCAGGAGUAGUGAGAGAAGGGCUAAUCUAACACCUGACAACUGCCUUUCCCUGCUGCCCCUUGCUCAUUCUUUUUUUAGAUGCUGAAGGACUUCUCUUGCUACCCAUCUCUGCGUUUGCUCCUGUGCAGCCUCUUCGUACCCAAGUGCACCCCGGAUGGGGGCAUCCUGCAGCCGUGCCGCUCCGUGUGCCUGGCAGCCGAGCAGAGCUGCCAGCAAUCCCUCAGCCUUCUGGGUCUCCCGUGGCCCCUGAACUGCAACGUCCUGCUAGAUUCCAACAACCCUUUGGAGUGCUUCCUGCCAUAAAGGGGCUGCCCCCACUACGUCCGCAACCUCUACUUCAUGUGCCGUGUAGCUGAACGCUCCUCUCAUUGCCCAGCUUGGUAGGAGACCCUUUGGAGGCCGCCAGUUCCCAAGCGGAAGUUCCCCAUCAGAAGAAAUUCUUCACCAGAAGACCUUGGGAUCUGAGCUGCAAUGCUUUGUAGGCCAUCCACUGACGAAUGUCUCUCCAAGGAAUCGGUGGAAUCUGAGCAACAGGAGGACAAUUUGCAGUUUGGGGUUGAGUCUUUAGAUUGUAAGCACCUUGGGUCAGAGGCUGUCCUCAUACCCUUCGUAAAGUUCUAUGCGCCUUGAUGGUGCCCAUAUAAAUAACUUGGAUAAUAAUAUAUCAGAGGCUGCAGGGGGCUUCCAUCAUAAUUAGAGCUGUAAUAUUUAGCUGAUUUGUUUUUAAGUCUUUGUGGUUGGUUUUAAAAGGCAUUUUUUAAAAAAAGAAAAGAUUAAUGUAAAUGGCUUUUACUGUACAUACUGACAAGUCCACGGCUUGUGAGCCCUUUCUUAGAAGGGGAGUUCUUUCUUCUCUCUUACGUGGGAGCAAAAGCCUCCUGUGAGAUUAUGCCUACAGCAGCACAUGUGCUAGGAAGGAAGGAAGGAAGGAAGGAAGGAAGGAAGGAAGGAAGGAAGGAAGAUUUGCCUACCAGGAUUAUGUUGUUAAAAUGCAAAUUCAUUCAGAUCAUAGAACUUUAGGAUUGGAAAGGAUCCCAGGGGUCAUGUAGUCCAACCCCCUGCAAUGAAGUUGAUUGAUUUGCUGAUUAAAAGUCAUACAAUUCAUCCACAAAAAGUUCCUUUCUCUGAGUGACAACCCUAAUAAUUCUUGAUUAUAUACCAGCAAAGAAGGACAUCUUCUUGUUCCAGUUAACGCAGCAUCAGAUUGCACUAUACAUAGUAGUUUAAUGGAUUGUGAUUUUACAUUAAUCUCCCAUUUCAGCUCUGCCCUGCGCUCAUGAGUUAACUGUGC